AUGGCCAACCCUGGGAACAGAGGAGGGAUCUACCGACCCUUGAGCCUCACCUGCUCCCUGCUCAUUGUGGGAAUAUGCUGUGUGUCUCCUUUCUUCUGUCAUAGCCAGACAGACCUGCUGGCUCUUAACCAAGCUGAUCCUCAGUGCUGGGAAUCUUCUUCAGUGCACCUCCUGGAAAUGCAGAAGCCUCGAAUUUCCAACACUGUUUCAGGUUUCUGGGAUUUUAUGAUCUACCUGAAGUCAUCUGAGAACUUGAAGCACGGGGCACUGUUCUGGGAUCUGGCCCAACUCUUCUUGGACAUCUAUGUGGACUGUGUCCUCUCCAGGAACCAUGGCUUAGGAAGGAGGCAACUGGCUGGAGAGGAAGAGAAGAUCUCAGCAGUGCAUCCACAGCACACAAGGAGAAAACAAGGGACAUAUUCUCAGCAACUAAGAGCCCCUGCCCUAAAGAAGAAACAGCUGGUUGAAGAGUUGAUAAACACGCACGUGCGCAGGAGUGGGUCCAAGUUCCUUGGAAAAGUGACCAGUGGCCUGGAAAUAGAGAGAAAAUAAAUCUAACCUCAGGGCUAACUCAUAUAUUGGAAUUCAAAAAAAUAUAUAUUUUCUUGACUAUUGAUCAUUUGUUUACCUGAAAUGGUGGGAAUGUCCAGAGAUAAAUAUUCAGCCACAUUCUCUCAGAGCUCUUGCUUUCACUCUUUUAGGCUGCCAGCAUGUUCCUUCAAAUGGUGACAUUACUGCCAGACCAUCCCACUGUCUGAAAGAGUCAGAAUGGCUUCCAAGGAUGAGAAGGGGAGUGGGGCUGCUCAUUUUGAUCAUUUGUUUUGGAAUGCUUGACAUUUUUAAUGAACUAGAAUGCCGUACAUUUAACAUGAAUGUGUUGCAUGACCUCCAAGACACUAACCCCUGGAUCGCUUAUGCACAGGCAUAGAAGGCACUAGAUUUAUUAAUGACCCAGUACUAAUGGUCUGUGAUACUGGAAUCUUGUUUGAAAGAAUAUUUUUGAAUACUUUGAACUGAAUAAAGCAAAAAACAAAACAAAACAAAAAACUGGCAAAUAAAGCAUUCUUCUAAUGGAAACAAAUUAAUAAAAGCUCUGGACCCCAAGGAAUGUUAUUGGAGUCUCUUUAUUUCAAUAUUUAAUGUUAACAUUAACAAUAAUCCAAACUCUAAUAAAAUAGCAGUAAGUAUAAAUUAUUUCCCAAUUAGCAUAUUUUCUAUUUGACUAAAUAUUAAAAUUCCAUGAUUGGUUACACUUUGCAUUGAAAAGCAAACCAAAAAUAAAAUGAACACCAUUAAAAGAAAAGAACCCAAAAGCAUUCUUUCCCUCAAAAGGACCAGGCCUGAAUGAUUAGCAAAUUUAUUUGAGUUCCAGACACAAUGCUAUUUUUAACUCUAAUUAUUCUCAUCUCUCCAAUCAUUCUAUAAGUGAUAAUUGACAACCAGUUUGAAUUUCAGAUAUGUUAGCAAUUGACUUGAUUUUUCCCCAGGUCCAAAAGAAGCCUCAGUAAAUGCUUUCACUGAAGGUUUAGGGUCCUCCUUCAGCUAGAAAUCUUAUCUACAGGGUUCUCAGAAGACACAGCUGCAUCUGAGGAUUAGCCAAGUUCUGACAAUAGGAGAAGCAAGUCUGGGAAGGAACUGGGGAGGGGUCCAGCCUCAGCUUUUGCUUGGUUAGGAGAAUGAGCACAUUAAAAGCGACCACUCUUUCCAACAGGUGCAUGAAAAGAUGUUCAAAUCACUAAUGAUUAGGGAAAUGCAAACCAAACCAAAAUGAGGUAUCACCUUACACCUGUUAGAAUGGCUAUAAUCACCAAGACA